AUGGAUCACAUAGCAGCGGCGGAAGAGCAGAUCGUGUCGGAGAGGAUUAGAAGAAAACUCGAAGAAGUAAACGCAGCUGCUCAGUCUCAGCUCUCUCCUAUUCAGGAUCAUAUCAAUUUCACCCUUCAGCAAGCGUAUUUCAAAUGUGCAUACGAGUGCUUUGACAGAAGCAGGAAGCAAGAGGAGAUAGCCAACUGCGUUGAGCGCUGCAGUGUUCCAGUUGUCAAUUCCCAACAGCAUUUCGAAAGCGAAAUGGCUCAGUUUCAGGAAAGGAUGAACAGAUCUCUCAUGGUCUGUCAAGACAAGUUCGAGGCUUCAAAGCUCCACAAGAACCGGGUUGAUUCGGCCAAAGAUAUGGAGAGCUGCGUGAACCAAUCCAUUGAGGAGAGUCUCAACACAUUGCCUCAUAUUGUGCAGAGGAUGAAGACAGCCUUCUCCAUUCGCGACUAA